AUGAAUGUUCAUGUCACCAAGGAUGACAACAUCAGCAGCAGAGGUGCAAAAAGUAGUGAGGAGAUUGGACAUCUCAGGGAUGAAGGAGGGGUGUUCAAUGCUAAAACUGCUGAGCUUGUCAGUCAGCAUCAUGUGGAAAUUACACAGAGUUUCCCUAAAGAAGGAUGGGUGGAAGAAGAUCCUAAGGAGAUCCUACAGUCUGUGUAUGAGUGCAUCGAGAGGACCAGUGAGAAACUCUCUGAACUCAACAUUGACAUCACCAACAUUAAAGCCAUUGGAGUCACCAAUCAGAGAGAGACAACAUUGGUGUGGGACAAAGAGACUGGAGAACCUCUCUACAACGCCAUUGUGUGGCUGGAUUUGAGGACUCAGUCCACUGUUGAGCAUCUAAUUGAGAAAACACCUGGAAAGAACAAAAGCCACCUACAGCAUAAGACAGGUCUUCCCAUCAGUACGUACUUCAGUGCGGUGAAGUUGUGCUGGUUGAUGGACAAUGUGGUGGAGGUGAAUGAAGCUGUGCGCUCUCAACGUGCCAUGUUUGGAACUGUCGACUCCUGGCUUAUAUGGAGUUUAACUGGAGGGAAAAAUGGUGGCGUUCACUGCACAGAUGUCACCAAUGCUAGCCGCACAAUGCUGUUCAACAUACACACCAUGGAGUGGGACCCAGAUCUGUGCAGUUACUUUGAUGUUCCUGUUGAAAUCCUCCCAGAGGUUAGAAGCUCUUCAGAAAUAUAUGGUUACAUGAGGUCAGGUUCACUGGUGGGCAUACCCAUCUCUGGAUGUCUGGGUGAUCAGUCAGCUGCUCUUGUGGGACAGAUGUGCUUCAAAGAUGGUCAGGCCAAAAACACAUAUGGAACUGGUUGCUUCAUGUUGAAAAAUACUGGAGUCAAGCCUGUGAUGUCAGAACAUGGCCUCCUCACAACAGUUGCCUACAAACUGGGAAAGGACAAACCUGCUCACUAUGCACUUGAGGGAUCUGUUGCCAUUGCUGGAGCAGUAGUGAGGUGGCUGAAAGACAAUCUGGGAAUCCUCAGAGCCUCCUCUGAAAUUGAAACAUUGGCUGCUGCAGCUGGGACAUCUUAUGGCUGUUAUUUUGUUCCAGCAUUUUCUGGGCUUUAUGCUCCCUACUGGGAACCCAGUGCUCGAGGGAUUAUUUGUGGCCUGACGCAGUUCACAAAUAAGAGUCACUUGGCUUUUGCAGCACUGGAAGCAGUGUGCUUUCAAACACGAGAGGUUUUGGAUGCGAUGAAUCGAGACAGUGGCACUUCGCUUACUCAGUUACAGGUCGAUGGUGGGAUGACAGCUAACAAAUUACUAAUGCAACUACAAGCUGAUAUCCUCUGUAUCCCUGUUGUGAGACCCUCUAUGUCUGAGACCACUGCACUGGGGGCAGCAAUGGCUGCUGGAGCAGCUGAAGGGGUCAACGUGUGGAACCUACAUCCUGAGGACAUGAUCUCUGUGACCUCUGAGAAAUACCAACCUGAAAUCAAACCAGAAGAGAGUGAAUUCCGAUACGCGAGAUGGAAGAAAGCUGUUCAGAAAGCUAUGAACUGGGAGACUAUGGAUCAGCUUUCCAGUGAGAAUGGUGAAAAC